GCGCACUCAGUUCUGCACAUGCGCAGAGCUGCCGCUCCUUACUCUGGGCGUCGGGACUCCCUUCUCUCCGCGGGCCCCGCCCAGGCGGCUGCCCGUGACCUGCCUGGGCGCGGGGAACGGAAAGCCGGAAGGAGCAAGACGAGUUCAGUUCGCCAUGGGGCUGUUUGGAAAAACCCAGGAGAAGCCACCCAAAGAACUGGUCAAUGAAUGGUCACUGAAGAUAAGAAAGGAAAUGAGAGUUGUUGACAGGCAAAUAAGAGAUAUCCAAAGAGAAGAAGAAAAAGUGAAACGAUCUGUGAAAGAUGCAGCCAAGAAGGGCCAGAAGGAUGUCUGUGUAGUUCUGGCUAAGGAGAUGAUCAGGUCAAGGAAGGCCGUGAGCAAGCUGUAUGCAUCCAAAGCACACAUGAACUCGGUACUCAUGGGGAUGAAGAACCAGCUCGCGGUCUUGCGAGUGGCUGGUUCCCUGCAGAAGAGCACAGAAGUGAUGAAGGCCAUGCAAAGUCUUGUGAAGAUUCCAGAAAUUCAGGCCACCAUGAGGGAGCUGUCCAAAGAAAUGAUGAAGGCUGGGAUCAUAGAGGAGAUGUUAGAGGACACUUUUGAAAGCAUGGAUGAUCAGGAAGAAAUGGAGGAAGAAGCAGAAAUGGAAAUUGACAAAAUUCUAUUUGAAAUUACAGCAGGGGCCUUGGGCAAAGCACCCAGUAAAGUGACUGAUGCCCUUCCAGAGCCAGAGCCUUCAGGAGCGAUGGCUCCCUCAGAGGAUGAGGAGGAGGAAGAAGCCCUGGAGGCCAUGCAGUCCAGGCUGGCCACACUCCGAAGCUAAAGGGCUGCCUACCCGCUGGGUGUACACAUACUCCUCUGAAGAGCUGCCAUUUUACAUGUCUCUUGCACUACACCUCUGUUGUGAGGACUACCAUUUUGGAGAAGGUUCUGUUUGUCUCUUUUCACUGUGCCCAGGUUUUGGGAUCGCAAAGGGAUUGUUCUUACAAAGGUUGCAUAAAUAAAUGCAUCAUUUUUAGGAGAAUAGACAUAAAUAUCUUAUUGUGGGAAGGGGAAGGAAAUCCAUCUUCUCGUGAAGCACUUCUGAAAAUACAGGUGAUUGCCUGAAUGUUGAAGACUCUACUUUUGUCUAUGAAACACAAUAUAAAUGAAUUUUAAUAAAUUUUCGCUUUAGCACUUGGCCCCAUUGUAGAUUGCCCUGCACAGUGAACUUUCAGGGUGUUGGCUGCCUCAAUACCUUGAAAUGAAAAGAAUGUUUCAUUUGUUGGGCAUGCAAAGAGAGUUGCUAUAGCCAGGCAUAUGGGAUUUGGACACUCAGCAGAAAUGACUUCUGCUCUGUGGAUGCUGUUCCCCAGCUUUCACAGUUGUGGUAUGGUAGCCAUUCUUUUAUCUGUUUAACCAAAAGGAUGCUUGGGAAUUGUGCUGCUUGACUAGUUGGCUGGUGGCUGUAUUAUGUCUUGUGGUGUGUAUGUGGGUCUAUUUAGAGCUUCUGUCCCUUCCUUCUCAUUGCAAGUUGUACCUAGAUCAGACAACUGUAGGACUAUGUCUCUUUCAUCUCUCAAUGCCUGUUCCUGCUUUGAGCUGGUUGUCUUGUGCAUGGGACAUGGGCCUUCCUAUUGGUGUUUUCUCAAAGUCAGGAGCUGACCAGGAGCACACUAAGGUGUGGUCAUACAUAAUAACCAAUACUUACUCAUCUGGAACAUUCUUAAGAUACAUCUAUACGUCAUUUCAGCAGUAGCACUUGUAUGUGUGUGAGAUUUAACAGAGCUCUUUGACAUGUGAUCUCAUUUAUUCUUUACAAAUAAGGAAAACAGCUUAGUUUGGGAACUAUCAGAGCUGGGAUUCAAACCCAGAUCCUCUGCUCCAAGUUGUUUGUGCACUGAACUAAUCAGGCAGGAAAAAAGCCCAGCCACUGUCUCAUAGAUUGUUUCAGGAUUUUGCUACAGAGUAUACAAUGGGGUCUUUCCAGUCUUAUCCUACAAAAUGGCAAUCUUGGCUGGGUGCAGAGGUUCAUGCCUAUAAUCCCAGCACUUUACAAGGCUGAGGCAGGAAGCUCUCUGGAGAACAGGAGUUCAAGACCAGCCUGGGCAACAUAGCAAGAUCCUGUCUCUAUAAAAACAAAACAAAACAAAAAACUUAUUCUUAAAUCCAGAGGACCCUCCUAUUACUCUUGAUUUCAUGUUUACAGUUAAAAAAAAUUUUUAAUAAAGUAUUUUUUAAAAUCAAUUACAGGUUUAGAGCAAAAUUGAACAAAAAGUAGAAAUUUCUCAUAUAUCCCCUGGCCUCACAUAUGCAUAGCCUCCCACCACUAUCAACAUCCCACACCAGUGUGGUACAUUUGUUACAAUCAGUAGACCUCCAUUGACACAUCAUUAUCACCCGAAGUUCAUAGUUUACAUGAAGAUUCAUUCUUGGUGUUGUAUAUUGUGUGGGUUUGGACAAAUGUGUAAUCAUAACCACAAUUAUAGCAUCAUAUAGAAUAGUUUAACUGCCCUAAAACUUGUCUGUGCCUCACCUGUUCAUUCCUUCCUUCCCUAACGCCCUGGCAACCGCUUUUUUUUUAGUAAUUAUUUUAGGUUCAGGGGGUACAUGUACAGGUAAACUCGUGACAAGAGGGUUUAUUAUACAGAUUAUUCAGUGACCCAGUAUUCAAUAGUUAUUUUUCUGCUCCUGUCCCUUUUCCCACCCUCUACCCUCAGGUAGGCCCUAGUAUGUUACUCCUUUGUGCCCAUGUAGUCAUUUAACUCCCACUUAUAAGUGAGAACAUGUAGCGUUUGGUUUCCUGUUCCUGUGUUAGUUUGUUAAGGAUAAUGGCCUCCAGCUCCAUCCAUGUUCCUGCAAAGGACAUGAUCUCAUUCUUUGGCAGCCACUUUUUACUGUCUCCAUAAUUUUGCCUUUUCUAGAAUGUUAUAUUGGAAUCAUAUAGUAUGUAGCCUUUUCAGAUUGACUUCUUUCACUUAGUAAUAUGCAAUUAAGGUUUCUUCAUGUCAUUUCAUGGCUUAAUAGUGCGUUUAUUUUUAGCACUGAAUAAUACUCCAUUGUCUAGAUGAACAGUUUAUCCAUUCACCUCUUGAAAGACUUCUUGGUUGCUUCUAAGUUUUGGCAAUUAUGAAUAAAGCUGUUGUCUACAUCUGUGUGCAGGUUUUUCUAUGGGCAUAUUUUUAAUUCAUUUGAGUAAAUACCAAGGAGCUUCAGUGCUGGAUCAUA